AUGAACGUCCUUGAUGGCGGAUGCUUUGUGGCGCUGUGCGACUCGUUAGUUGCCGUGGACUUGCGCUUGGUAGAAGAAUUAACUUGCAGGGAUCUAUUAGCGAGGUCCCAUCCGGAGAACGACGCAGAGCGGGUGAACGCUUGUGUUAUCACCCCUACCACAGCCGGUCUAUGGUAUGUAUACGCAUUGACGGAGUCAUCGGGAUGCGACAUAGACGAAACACGUGUAGCUGCGUUGGUGUGCAUAUCCGCUAGCGUGUUGGACCCGGCUUUGGUCUCAACGAGUUACCUUCUGGAGCUCCCGUGGAAGGAGCUGGCUGGCGACGAAUCUCAUUGGUACACCAACAAACUGCAAAUUGCGUGCGGAACCGUCGGUUUUCUUUGCAUGGAGAGUAUCCGGAGGUGCGCGAAGGCCCACGGACUCACUGCCGAGAAUAACGAGGCAUUUUACGAGUACAUUCGCAGCUGGGCCAACGCCAUGUGCCAGGCUACCACUACGUCCAGCAAGAUAUGUUUAUCCAACCUGCCUAACGGCCCUAUAGGCGCGGUGUCAUCUGUUGGUAUAUGUGACAACGGGACGUACUAUUGCUCUGUGCUGAGGGAUGACGUUACCGGGGAGGUGUCUGGGAUUAAGGUAAUGUUUCCAUCCUCCGAAUGA